UGUAAUGAGCGAUUUAGUGGGCAACUUCAUUCUGUUAAUUUUGUGUCACGGUGCGCACGCAUCGUAAAAUUUCACUCUCAUCAAUUUUUCAUAACACGCCUAGAAAAGUAUAGCUUCAAAAUCUUGAGAACAAUAAUCGAUUCCUCGAUGAAUCGAUCUCAAAUUUCCAUUACAUCCAUACAAAAGUCGCAAAUUCGAAAAAAAAAAUACAUGGAAGGGAAAAGGUGAUACAUGUCAAACGUUUCAAGGCUAAUAUGAUGAUUCCAUUUUUUUCAACAACGUGAUAAGGCCUGUAAAAAAAUAAAGAAAUACAUACAUAUGUAACUUUUUACAUAAUUGUUAGUGUCUUAAUGUGCUGUGUCCGUGUUAUAUCAGUGCCAAUAGCUAAUAACGAACUUCUAAAAAGCCAUGGGUUAUUAUUGUACGGUACCACAAUGUACAUCUUUAGCCGGCAAGACGAAAAACGUGAAAUUUCAUAAGUUUCCUAAAGAUAAGACGAUGGAGAAAAGAUGGAAUGAAAUACUGAAGCGCGGGAAACCUGUCACGAUAUAUUCAAAAGUUUGCAGUCUACAUUUUACGCAGGCGGACUACAAUAUUACGACAAUGGGACAGUGGAAGACGCUUAACAAGGACGCUGUGCCUUCGCAGAACUUGCCGAAACUGAACCCUGAUGGCUCCGUCAUGGUUAUAAGGAAGAGUCGUACAGUUAAAUACAAGGAGACCAAGAAACACGAGAUGAACGGCGAAAAAUCUGAGAGAAUAUGGGGGAUCACACCACAGAAUCACGGCCAGACGAAUAUGAAUCCAGAUUUGCCGCUGCCGUGCACGGAACAAGAUAUUAAUCUUUCGUGCAAAAUGCAGUACGUAACGUCCCUAGCGAGCGAACCUUCGCCCCCCCAGCUACGGACGCAGCCGCCCCCCGCGCGCCCCAAGAAGCAGGACGCGAUCAUGCAGACCGACCCCGUGCCGUCGGACGAGGAGCCCAGGGACAGCUACGCGGACUGCCUGCCGUACAAAGACGAUUACAUACCGCAGACGAACGAAGAGUACAACACAGAGGCGGAGAAGUACGCGCUGGAGAGGAAGAGUCACUAUGAGAAGACAGAGUUCCUCGAGAAGUACCGGAGCGACCUGUACUACCCGGACUCGGUCGAGAUGCUCAAGAAUCAGCAGCAGAACCUGCAGCUGCUGCAGGACGAGCGCAGGAUGAACGGGAACCAGGGUUUCUUCAACGAGGCCGAGAUCAAACAGGAAAUAGACAUACCGGUCGACGAUGAAAAGUAUUUGUACGAGCGGAAAGACAUGGAAGCGGAAGCGGUCUACAGCGACAGCCAGAGACAAAUAAUAAUCGAACACAUACAGAACCAAGUGAAACAGGAGCCGGACUUGAGCAACGGCUGUGAAAACGUGUGUCUUCAGCCUCAGAGCAGUCCAUACUAUCAGAACGGUCAUAACGAUGUCAACAUCGUGUACUACGAUCAGGUGUCACGUCCCGGACCCGAGCUCCUGAUAGCGAAACAGAACGCCCUGGCGGCGCACACGCAACUCUGGCAGAACACGGUGAAAAGACCUUUUUUUUACAGUGAAAAUUCGCAUUACACCGGAUCCCAGCUGCUACAUAGAUACGAGGAUCUCACGAGGAUUUUACAGUGAUGAAAGACAUUCCAAAGUUUAUUAUUAAAUAAAUAAAAAAUUUGAAAAAAAAAAUGAAAAGAAAAAGAAAUGUGUUUAAAAGAAGUUCUCUAUGAUGACGAAAAAUCUCUUUUUAUGGUUAUAUUUUGUAAAGAAAGUGAAAAGAAAAAAUAUGGAUAUAUGAAAUAAGAAGUACAAAUGCGCCCUCGGAAAAUAAUAUAUCAUUAUAUUUUAUAUUAUUUGGAAGAAAAGAAAAAAGGUUUUCCUUUUUUGUUAUAUUUUUAUUUAUUUACUUUGUUACUUUUAUUUAUCUUCUCAGGGAUUGGGCUGCGAGUCAAUUGUUGUUUAUAGAAAACAUUUAUGUAUAUAAAAUAAAUGGUAAACGAAGUGUUCGGUUCGUAUUUCGGCGAUUCGAUUUGGUUCAGCUACGUACUUGACAAGUUAUAGGAUAAGUGUGCAAUGUAAUUUUUUAAAUGGAAGAACUCAAAUCAAAUCCGAAAUUCUUUUUACGAUGAAACUUGUAAAAUUUUGACCGAAAUCUUAAAAAGCAUUUUAUAAAAUCAAUUUUAAAAAUCGUAAAAAUAAUUUUACGGCUUUAAUGACGAAACAAUAGUCAUUCGUGACCGCGGAGUGAAGUGCUUGAAAUAUUUUACAUCUACCCCCGAGCAGCGCUUAAUAGUAUACAGAAUAUACACAAAUCACCACAGUACAUAUAUAUGUGUGUCGAGGGGUGAAAGGCUAUUAAAUUUUGUCUUAAGCGACAUUUCGCUUAACACGCGACAUUUAUCUUUGUAAUUAAAUUUCCAUUUUAUUUGGUAUUAGCAUGAACAGUUUAAUGUUUUUAAUUGAACUUCAAUUAUGUUUACUCCAUUCGAAUAGCUGAAGAAGUAUUUUUGUUAUGAUAUUUUUUCCAAACUUUAAACUUUAAAGGGCUCUCUUGUAAAUUUGCAAAAAUGUCGCUUAAUUGAAAUAGCCUUUCCCAUCUCUAUAUAUAUUACUUAGUACGCUUUCGACUUAAUAUAACCGUUAAUGAAACUUCGAGUACUUUACGAUUCUCGUGGUCACGCGUGACAUAAAUUAUGUAAAAAUAUUUUUAAUCGAUUCAACGCGAUUUUACAUUUUAACUUUUGUUUAUCUUUUCAAAGUUCAUCAGUCGUGUUCAUGUAUUAUAACGAUUUAGAUACAAAAAUUAGCUACGUGAUUGCUCGAUUUAGCGAAAUAUAGACGAGGAGCUAGCGAUGUUUGAUAACGCAGUUAAAAAAUUACGCAGCGUCCAUUUGAAAUUAAUCAAUAAUGUUUUAUACGUGAUUUACGAUUUCUUCUUAUUCAUUUUUAUGUUUUGGCUCCGGCAGGGUUUGUGCAUUAGCCAGCGUCAAAUAAUAACACAGUAAAAAACGAAGGAAACUAAUCGCGAUAUAACAUAAAUGAUUAAAAACGAAUUAAAUUUAAAAAUGAGAUGGUAUGUGAUGAAAUACAAUCUCAGUAAAAUGGUGGUCAUUUACCGAGACUUUCAGUGGACUUUUUAGAGGAUCCCGAAAAGUUACGACCAGCGGCUUUAUUUGAUUUUCCCACAUUUGUGCACAAACAAACUGCCUCAAGCAAAUCAUGACUUCUUGAUGGGGUAAUAUCAGAUCGACUAGUCGUUCUACUUUUAAUGUUGGCUGAUGGAAAUUCCUCGCCAUAUGCACAUUAAUCGUUCAGGGAAAACUGCAAGCAUUUACCGUGAAAAGACAAUAUCGAAGAGUGAAAGACGUUUAAGCGACAUUUCGUUUAACACGCGACAUUUAUCUUUGUAAUUAAAGGCGCCUUUUAUUUGGUAUCAGCAUCAACAGUUCGGUUUUUAAUUGAACUUCAAUUAAGUUUACUUCGUUCAAAUAGCUGCAGUUUUUUUUUGUUGUUACGGUAUUUUUUCUAAAUUUUAGCUUUCAAAUGGAUCUCCUGUAAAAUUGCAAAAAUGUUGUUUAAACCAAAUAAUCUUUCAUCCUUCGAUAUCGUUUUUAGUGUUGCCACUUUCUUUUUCAUAUUGCCAAUUUCUGUAUGUUGCUCGGUUGAAGGUAUCCAGGGAGCUGGAUGGUUAAGAAAGAUUUUCAUGACACAUAAACCGCGAAGUGAUAAACGAAUCGAAUUUAUUUGGCGAUUACGGUAUAAAGUAGUGCGUAUGUAUUAUAUUUAAAAUUAAUAGUUUAGGUGAGAAAUUAAAGUUUUGGUCACAAGGCUAAAUAUAUGUUUAAAAAAUAAUUAUUGGUUGUCUGUAAUGUCGGUUUACGGACGAUAAUUUUACGUGAUAACGUCAGUAGCGGAACUAUUCGAAUUCGCUGGCUGUGACGUCACGCGAGAAGAGACAAACGUGUCACAAGCCAACGCUUGGGCCGAUCGUGUCUCUCUAUCGCUUGUUCCGCGCUCUCGCUCGCACGCUCAGCCUCGGGCGGAACGUGACACUUUUUCGUGCGUGCAGCCAGCGUUCAUCGAUUUAUAAGAUGUUAUCACUACUAAAACAAGAUCGGAUAUUCUUGCCAAAGCUUUAUCGUACGGGGCGGGCUUGACAAGGUCGCAUGCAAUCACUCAAUGACUAGUCCCAUAUACCAUAAACUUAUGGAAUCUAUGUCUAAAAAAAGGUUUUUUUUUUCGAAUUAUUCCUUCGAUAAAUUUUAAUUUACGUACUGAAAAUGUAAUACGUGUACGUUAGAAAGAGCUUACACUGGAUUCUGGGCGCGCGUACCUAAACAAUUGAUGCUGGGGAUUUGCGAGAUUCUCUUUUAUUGUGAUAUUACGGCAUUUGCUUAGUUCGAUUUAAGGCGAUUCUGUCAUCCCCGCUCUAUCUUAGAACACUAUUCAAGGCUGUAUUGAUUUAAAAAAAAUAUAUAUUCAUUCGGGAAACAAAAUCGAUAUAAUGAUACACUAAACUAAUGCAUUCGUAUUAUCGAUAUAAUAUUGAUUCGUGUAAGAAUGAAAAUGACAAUACAAUAAAAUCGAUUAACUUUUUUAUAGAUUAAAAUGUUAUUUGACUCUGACCAUUGGGUGAGUCCAGAUUCUGUGUUUGUAAUUACAGGUCCGUUUUAUUUGAUAUUAGCAUUAACGGCUCGAUGUUUUUAAAUUAAUACUUCUCGUAUUAUCGAUAUAAUAUCGAUUCGUGUAGGAGGGAAAAUGACAAUAUAAUUACAUCGAUUAAUUAUUCGAUUAGCAUGAGCAAGAUGCGAACUAAUUAAGCGUAGAAUCUUAUGUUUGUGAAAUGGUAUUCGGAGGAGUGGUGGUGGGAAUGCGUGUAGGGCCACACAUCCGGCAAUGCGAUUUUAAAAACACACCCCACAAAUACCAUAUCGAGGUGCGAAGGAUAUUUCAUCUAAUACACGACACUUAUCAUUGUAAUUAAAGGUGCGUUUUAUUUGGUAUUAGCAUCGACAAUUCGAUGUUUUUAAUCCAAUCAUAAUCACAGACAAUUCGAGAUUUGCUUUCAUUUUCAAUAACUCACUUUUUGCAUUCGUAUUUUUUUAAAUUGGUAACUAAUUAACUAAAGCUCCUUUCUUCGGCAUACGUGAUAAAAAGAUUUUUACGGUUUAAUAUCGCGUCCCCUGUUGUGAUUAAAUGAAACUUUACACUUUACUGUUGUCAUCCGUGACCACGACGAGAAAUGUAUUCGGAAAGGCGGAUGCAAUACAAGAAUGAAAAAUAAAGAUUGUGCAUCUCUGGACGCCCGACAGAAGUGAUAACUUAAACUAAUCUAAGUUGAACUAUUGAAUAUUGAAUCGACGGUUCGCGCUUCAAGUAUGAUUCGUCUUAAGUUCACGGUCGAUGUUCGAGUCGAUGUAAAUGACAACUAAUGUAAUGUUUUUUUUUUACAUUAUUAAUGUAAUUUUUAUUUUGGUGCUUAUAAGUUACAUACGGUUUAGAUUUUCGCUAUUCGUCAAACGUUUUUAAGUUGUCUUUAAUAUGUUCGUUCAUAUUUAAGUUACCGUGUUUUUUUUUAUUUUAUAUUAUUUUAAUAAUAAUAAUAAUUAUUAUUAUUUGUUUUAGAGUUUUAUUUUAAUGCAUUAUUAAGGUCUAGUCGUUUGUUUUUGGGAGUAAAUUGUAAAUAUAUGUACGUUUUCUAAAUUAGAAAAAUAAAAAUUGUAACAAAAAAAAAAUGUGAUGAUAUUGGUAUUUCUUAUUUUCGCCGAUGGCUUGGGAUGAGCGUUCGAAAAAAAUUAAUUGCAUCUCGCAUUUAUGUUGAUAAUUCCUCAAAAACUGAAAGUAGAAUCAUUAGAAUAUUGGUAACGACGCAAGUCGAUCGAUACUGCAUCGUAUGAUUAUGGGGCGACGGUUGGAACUGCCUUAGCAAGGUCGGGUCGUAUACAAAACUUUGUCUAGACGCUAACUUUGUCUACUGCGUACUAGAAAUGACUUCUUUUCAAUCUAAAACUAUGUAAUUUUCAAACACACAAAGAAAUGCGUGUAUCCUUGCGAUGGAAAUUACACAGUAAAAUACAAUAUAUAUAUAUACAUAAUGUUCUAAGUUUAUUUUGUAAAAUUUAAUAAAAAGAAUCAUUCAUAUAAGCA